AUGAUAAGUACCGUUCUGCAAAAUGGGUCCAUGGCGUUUCCUUUGGAAUUGAUUUGUACAGGUGAAACGUGGAAACGCGUUCCUCAAAUUGGUGGAAACGAACGCACAAUUCGUUCGAGCUGGGAUCUGCGAGAGAGUCGUAGAAUCGCGUGUUUUGGAGAUAUGGGAGAGGAAAUCGACGAACUGAAGCAGGAGAAGGUCGUGAUAAUUCUCCGAACGAUCGGCCCCGCUCGCCCAUCUCGCCUCCCCAUCCCGUCACCUGUUAAAGUGCAUGAUCUAAGGAAACUAAUUGCUGAAAAGAGUCAUUUACCAAUUGGAGAUUUGAGGCUUAUUUUGCGAGGGAAAGUACUGGAUGACAUAAAGGAUGGAGAUGAUAUGUGUGUGGAGCUCAUCGACGGUGAUUCUUUAAUCGCUGCUGUGAAACCAAAGACACCAGUUAAACAUUCUCAUGACGGAGUAGAUACUGAUGAUGAUGAAGACGAUUUGAAGUUCCAUCUUCCUCAAUCAUCUAGUUGGUGGAAGAGGAAAAUGUUCAACCUUUUACAUGACAAGUUGAAGCUACCUGACAUUGUUUUGAUGGCAAUUUUUUCUUUGAGUCUGAAGACGUGGGCCUUUAUCAUCUUGUGGUUUAUCUUGGCACCUGUCGCUUAUAGAUUGGAUCUCGGACCUUUAUAUAUACUUGCCACGGGAUUUUCGAUUAUUCUUUUGAAUCUUGGGCAACGGCAAUCCGGUGACCUCAGCGCAUAUUCCAUCUUCAAUGAAGGUUUCAGAGAGCUUCCGGGGACUCUUAAUGCAGACCGUCUUGAUAGAGACAUAAGGACGGGGCAAAUCUGAGCCUGUUAUGCGGAGCUCCUAAACGUGAUCCUGCUCAAAUCUUGACUUGAAGAGCACACGCCGUUGCUUUGGGGAAGCUGUCGGAUAACAGCCAAGUGUGUCCUGAUUCGAUUAUUGUGCAGAUAUAGCAAACCGAGCAUGACGAGCCAGUGGUCGGAGCAAUGCCAUUUGCACUGUAAGACUUUUUCUUGCCAGAAACCCAUUUGUCUGCUUUUAGUGGGGCUGUGACUACGUAAGUCAUGAAGGGUUGGAGCACUCAACAAGGCCUCAAUGUAACCAGAGGAUGAGAACCUCUUGGUAUAUACUCUGUUAGAACCUUAAAACUUUCUUGUGGACAGAUCUCAUAACGACA